UACUUUUCUUAAUCCUAUUUUCCCACCCUCUAUAAAUAGGACAGACCAAAGCUCAUUUAUCACAAUUCAAAGAGCAAAGCAAGAAAGAAAGAAUAUUCUAUAAAGAGAAAAACUCAGCUUAUACUUAGAAAAAGAAGAGUGAAGUUAUAAGAAAUGGAGAAUUUCCCAGUUAUCAAUUUGGGGAAUCUUUAUGGUGAGGAGAGACAAGCUACCAUGGCAAAGAUUCAUGAUGCUUGUGAAAACUGGGGUUUUUUCGAGUUGGUGAAUCAUGGAAUUUCACAUGAUCUUUUGGACACUGUUGAGAGGAUCAGCAAAGAUCACUACAAGAAAUGUAUGGAACAGAGGUUUAAAGAGCUAGUUGCUAGCAAAGGCCUAGAGAAUGUAUCUACUGAGAUUAAGGACAUGGAUUGGGAAAGCACCUUCUAUCUGCGCCAUCUUCCUACUUCUAACAUCACCGAAAUCCCUGAUCUCGACGAUGAAUACAGGAAGGUUAUGAAGGAAUUUGCUCUGAAGUUGGAAAAACUAGCGGAAGAUCUUUUGGACUUGCUUUGUGAGAACCUAGGCCUUGAAAAAGGUUACCUUAAGAAGGUAUUCUAUGGAAAUAGUGCACCAAACUAUGGGACCAAGGUGAGCAACUACCCACCAUGCCCUAAACCCGACUUGAUCAAUGGACUCCGAGCCCACACCGAUGCUGGUGGCAUCAUCCUCCUCUUCCAGGAUGACAAAGUUAGCGGCCUACAACUCCUUAAAGACGACAAAUGGAUCGACGUUCCACCUAUGCGUCACUCCAUUGUUAUCAACCUUGGUGACCAACUUGAGGUGAUCACUAAUGGGAGAUACAAGAGUGUGCUGCAUCGAGUCGUAGCCCAAACAGACGGGACUAGAAUGUCGAUUGCUUCGUUCUACAACCCUGCAAGUGAUGCAGUGAUCUACCCUGCACCGUCGUUGGUGGAGAAGGAUGCAGAGGAGCAAAAACCGAUGUUUCGGCAAAAAAUGAGCUAACCGGGCCUUGGAGGGGUGUCUGAGAACCUCGAAUUUGGGCCUUGAAUGGACCUGCAAAAUGAACCCCGAGCCCCGGGGGUUGAACCCGGGGCGGAGCCUCCGACGCCCAAGUUAGUUGCCAAACAAUGCAUAUUUUGAGAGGAGUUUAGGGGAGAGAGUGGAGGAGUAUGGUCAUCUUAGAUGAUAAGAGUGACCUCUUUUUACCUUAUGCCCUUUGAGGGGUAUUUAUAUGAGUACAUAAGUGGGUUUAUGAGCCCUAAAAUUACAUAUGUGGGCCGUUGAAGGCCAUAUUGAUGUAUUUGACUUAUUUGGGGCCUUUUAUACCUUUUUUAUGCC